AUGACUUCGUCUUGGCCAGCGAGGCCUGAUACCUGGCCAAAGGGACUGUACAACAACGUGGUAAAACUCCUCAGCCUUUACUUCCAUCUAGUGGACAGCAAGGAAGCAUCAGCUGGACCCCGACUUGCGGAUGAGGUCUUUUCAAAGGACGGCAAAUGGUUUGCAUCUGCUGGUUACUUCGAAGGCCACGAUGGCAUUGCGGCGUCGCGAAUCAAGGCAUGGGACACGGUGAACUCACAAAGCCACGAGCUUCGUAAGGUUUUCCUAAACGACGCCCACGGUCUAGAUCUCCUGCUUGUCGGCGUGGCCAACGUCGACAGGAAGAAUACAGGACCCAUCACUGUGGAGUUUUUCGUGCGUGCCGUCAUUUCCAAUGAGCUCUGGGGACCUCGGGUCAAGUACUGGCAGCCCGUGGCCUUGAAGCCCGUCCCUUCAGAUCAGCCGCUCCUGGCGGAUGUUGAGCUCUAG